AUGGCGCCCUCCACUCCCACACCAAAGCGUGUCUGCAUCGUCGGCGCCGGAGCGUCUGGCAUGUCCGCCGCUUAUGCUCUGAGCAAGCAUCCAGACAAGUUCAAGGUCACCGUGUUCGAUAAGCAGCCCGUGGCUGGCGGCAUGGCCACCUCCGUCGACAUCGACCCUGCAAAGUAUGGUGCUUCCUAUAUUAAUGAUGGUGUACAAGGAUGUAGCCCCGUGUUCGCCAACACGCUUCGCAUGUUUCGAAUGCUCGGCUUCGAAGCUACGGAGGUUGAUAUGCAAAUCAGUUUCGGCAAGGGAGAGAACUUCUGGUCGAACGUGUUCCCCACGGAGCUUGUCGCCCAGUUCAAGGACGACAUCGCCAGGUUCGGCUCUGCGCUCAAGACUAUCAAGAACCUUGAGCCCAUCUUCGCUAUGAUCCCCGUGCACGUCAUGCUCAAGAUGUUCCGCUUCUCCGCGGGCUUCGGGGAGAGAAUGGUCUACCCGCUCGUGGCGCUCUUCUUUGGCACGGGAAACCAGACGCCCUACGUAUCUUCGGCCAUCCUGGAACGUGUCUUCAUGGACCCCAGCAUGAAGCUCUUCGAGUACGACCCGAAAAGUCUCCUGGCGAGCAUUCCCACCAUGCUCGCCUUUCCCAAGCUCCACGACGUUUACCAAGCCUGGAAAUCCGAGGUCGCCUCUCGGGGUAAUGUCGACUUCAAGCUGAACCACGAGGUGAUCCGCGUCGUUUCGCGCACUGCGAAGACGAACGGGCCGGUGCAGGUUGAGUACAAGAUUGCGGUUGCGGAUCUGGAGACGGCCCCACAGGUGGAUGCGUUUGAUGAGCUGAUCCUCGCGGUCGACGCCGAUGCGGCGCUCAAGCUUCUAGGGAAAGAAGCGACGUGGAUAGAGAGGCGAAUUCUAGGGAGCGUCAAAUACCUUUACGACGUGACCAUUACGCACAAUGACUUGGAUUACAUGAAGAAGUACUACGAGACUCGCUAUAAUCCAGGGCAUAACGCCCCCUUUCCUUCAGCCGGAAGCGACGAGGAGCGUGAGGAUAUGGAGAAGAGUUUCAAGUUCGCCGAAAGCAACUUCCGUCCGCUAUACUACACAAUGCAGUACGCCGAGGAUAAGUCGAAGAUUGAGAUGAGCUUCGACCUCACCCACUAUCAGCCGCAAUUCCGUGGGGAGCAGCCAGCCGGCCCCAUCUCUUCGUCCGACCACACCAAGCACCGCAACGAGUGCAAGCCCUCAGAAUUCACGAAAGAUGCUCAGGACGCUGAGAAGGGCAAGGCCGGUGAGGAGGUGCGCACAGGGAAGGACGCGGCGGGCAGGCCAGAGCCCCAGCUCGAGAACCACGUGUUCCAAACCAUUUUCCUCGACCGGGAGGGGAGCCAGAACCUAUGGACGUGGGGGGAGAUCGGGGAGGAGAAGCGCAUCUGCGAGAAGUGGUGGAAGCAGCAAAGCCACCGCUGGCAGCAUUACGCAAAGGUCGUGCCGUGGAUGAUGUUUGUGAACGGGAAGCGCAACACGCACUAUGCUGGGGCGUGGUCUGUUUUAAAUAUGCACGAACUGGCCGUUACGUCAGGGUUCGCGGCAGCCUACAGGCUCGGGGCGGAGUAUCCGUUCCAUGGCGACGAGGAUUGCGAGAGGCUGUUUAGGCUGUAUCUCGGCGUUAGUCACGGGUCGCGCAUGCGCAAGGACGACCGGAGCGGGUUUCUGGCAUGA